AUGUCGGAAGAGAACAGAAUAAGACAACAAAACAAAAUCAAGGCUCUCAAGCUAGAGAGAAUCAAUCAAUUCAACCAGAGACUGAGGUUAGACCUGUCACGAGAUAGAACAAUGGCAUCAUCACGGUGUGUCGAAAUAAUCAACUACUCUCAAGAUACAAAGGAUUAUAUGGUGACACAGCUGUGGGGAGAACUGCCAGACCAUGUUUCAGGCUACAGCCAAGCCAAAGCAAGAGCCGCCAAAAGAGCGUAUCCAAGACAGGAUGACGGCUGUUGUUGUAUUACAUGA